CAGUCCCCCCUUCCCCACACAGACCCCCCUUUACACAGCUUCCCCCCAUUCAGCUUGCCUUUAUACAGCUUUCCGCCCACUUAGCUCCCCUUACGCAGCUUUCCCAGGCACAGCUUUUCCCUGGCACUACUUACUUCCAUAGAUCUCCCUACUUCAUUUGUACAAGAAAAAUCAUAUAGAAGAUCAUGAUGGAGAACUUACAUGCCUAUUUAAAUUCUUCUGUGCUGUGCACAGCCAGGCUGAGUAAACUACAACUGGUUACAGCCGGAAAUCAUAUGAUGAGACGAGCAUCUGUUGAGAGCCAUGUCAUCAUGUUCACACCAGCAUAUUUGUGAUUUGGAAGAGAUUUGUACAAUCUUGUCUGGGAUUCCAUUAUAUGAACUUAUAGCAUGUAGACACAGGCUAGAGCACCGGAGACCUAGUACAGACACCCAUAAAAUACUCUGUGGUCUCAUAUUGCUCCUACAGGACAAAAGACCAGAAGCAUUAAAGAUAUUAAGUUUGUUACCACAUUGUCACAUGGCACAACAUAUUAUUCAAGCCUUGAUAGGGGGUGGAACAUUGCUAGAGAAUGGGGUGCUCUCGUUGCCACCAUCCCAGGAUGAAAAAAUCUUGCAUACGGCAGGGGAGGUUCAUGCACUGAUUGAACAAGAGAAUCUUUGUGGGAAAGAGGCAAUAAAGCCCAAUAAAACAGAAACAGAGAACAGUGGUGAUGAUGAUGCCCCCCAUACUUUGGUUUCUGGGAUUGGACUUCAGAUUCCACAUAUCGAAAAAAGUCCACUUUCUACAAGCCUUGAGCCCAAAAGCCUGCAGAUAAGUAAGUCACCUUCUGUGCCAUCUACUGAACGUGUACCCACUGUUCCACCGUCAACCAAUCAAAAAACACAUGGAGCUGACAUGGUACUGACCAGUUCUUAUGAUUCCACAAAUAACCAUACAAAUAUGGAACCUGCUGUGUUCGAAAUAAGGGGAGACCACAGUGUCAAAACUUCAAUACAAGAAUCUGAAUUCUCAGAGUUUACAGAAAGACAUAAACCAAAUGGUAAUGCUAAUACAGUACCAUCUUCUAAUAAUAAUUCCUAUCGAAUGCCUCCCCAGUGCAGCACAUAUCCUCCACCUGAUGAUUCACUGUUUUUUAAUUUUGUGAUCUUGCAUGUCCGUGAAGACACUGAAGUUGCAUGCAGGGUGUGUAAUGAUUUACAGUCUCUUGGUGCUGGAAAUGGUACAACUUACUGUGAGGGUUUUGAGAUACCUGGAUCUAACCCCCUAACUUGCAUACAGGAUGCUGUGGAAAACUCUGCAUAUAUCAUCCUUCUCAUGACCAAGCAUUUUGAGACUCGCUGGGCAGAAUUCCAAUCCAAUGUUGUCCUUAUGAAUUCUAUUAAUGAUGAAAACAGAACGGCCAGUGUUAUUCCCUUUCUGCCAAGGUCUGAUCGCCUUCCAAAAAAAAAUAUGCCUUUGGCUUUAUCAACUUUAAUUCCACUGGAUGAAACAUCCCAGAUAUUUUCUCGUGUUGUGCGCAACACAUUUAAACAAGAUACAAUCUUGUUCCGAAAAAAAGGUUGGAUGCAGCAGCAGGAAAUAAAGAUAAAGAGAAUGGUAGAUGCACAGAGAUCUGAACAAACCAGACACUAUCUGCAUUUAAACCAGAUGUGUGGUAAUGUAGGAUCUAUGAGCCUUGGUGCACCAUACAUGUAUCCGCAGCCCAUUCCAUGCCAACCACAAGUCAUUCAUAUCAACAAUGCAGAGAAUGUCCAAAUUGGUAACCACAACAGUAUUACAGUUACAGGGGUUGCCACUGAGCUCUGUUCAGAUAAUGGAAUGGUAUCUUGUGAUGAAGAGAAAAGGCAGGGAGAGUAAAUAUCCCGAGUAAGCAUAUGAAAUUUCAGGAAUACAAAGUAAAUGGUAUCAUAAUCAUAAGUGCAUGUUAGAAAGGGAGAUCACAAACCUGGGCAAACUUGCAACUAGUUAGUAAUCCGUGAAAACCAACCAAAGGUUAUGUUUAACUACUGCUAUAUAUAUAAAACAAUGGAAGCAAAGAUUGGUUGCGGUAGGUGACUGUCGAGGUGCAAAUUUGCCCAGGGUUAAGAAAUGAGCCCUAGGGUGUUUUAAAAGUAAUCAAGGGAUGAGUAGGAUGCAGUUAAAGGAGAAGUAAACCCCCUCUAAACCCCCAGCCCCCCUCAACUAGCAUUCCUCCCUGCUACACAUGCCAGUUUAUUCCAUCCAAACGUGUUCCAACUUGUCAUAGACAUUCAGAGGUGCACAGGAGAGUUUACAGGUGCCAUCUUAUGCCCAUUCAGAUCCUCUUCUUGGAGUUUGUCGACAUGGAGCCUGAUGAAGUAUGCGUAGUCACUCCUGCAGGCGAUCUGAACAGGCAGAAUAUGGCAACUGAACUUCCCUGCACACCUUUGCAUGUGAAUGACUUACAAGUAGGGAAGUCUGAAAGGCAGUCAGGAGAGGUAGGAAGUAGGAAGGCUUUAUGUCUUUAAUGGAAAUAGUACAAAUUAAUGGGGGUUAUGCUGAACAUACAUUUUUAUCUGCUGGGGAACUAUUGUGAAGCUUUUUUUUCCAGUAUUAAAAUUCCAAAUAGUUUUCUAAAUAUAAUCUAUUAAUUUUUUCUAAAUACUGCAUUAUCUUUAACACUUUUGAUUGGAUGCCAGACUUCAGGUACACUUGGGUACGACACCAGUAACAGAGGAAAGAAGUAAAAACCUGACUCAGACGCAGAGCAGAAAAUAGAAAAUGUGCUUUAAAAGGGUGAGGACAUAGUUAAAGCAGUAUUUUUAAAAUAGUACAACACUUUCAAUAGAUUAUAUUUA